GCGCAGUGUGGAGGGGGGCUAGAGAGCCAGGAAGAGAGAGAGCGAGAGAGAGAGAGAGAUGUAGAGACAGGAAGCCUCCACUGCUACUGAGCCAGUGAGACGCAGGCAGGCGAGGAGAGAAGACGGAGGGAAAGAGAGAGAGAGGCCCUCCAAGGCAUCUCAGAGGCUGGCCCAAUGAGAGGUGAGGGGCUCAGGAGCACCACAAUGGAGAGAAGAUAGUGGGAGGAGAGGACGUAACGAAGGGAUAAGAGAAAAGGCGAUAAAAUCAGAAACAGGCUUCAGUGGGAGAAGACGAGCAGGCUAGUGGGUGGGAUCUGAAAUGAAAGGGGGAAGGAGCGGAUAAAAGUUUUGAAGAAGGAGAGAGAGAAGGGGAAAAGAGACUGGAGAUAGUCGGAUAGUGCCAUGGAAAAGAAAGGGGGAGAUUCAUGGAAAAAGAAGAAGAUGCCCAGUGUCCCAGGAGUCCUUCUGUUUCUCCUCUUUCUCUUCUGUCAGUGAGGCUGCUGGACAUUAUUCAUCACUAUGUUCUCUGACAGCAGAGCUCCAGCACCAGGGGAGCAGAAAGGCUUCAAAUCCCACGCUCCUCACUUCAUCCCCUGGCUGCGAAAUAGCCUGAAACCCCACCAAAGUGGAGACCUGGGGCUUAACGGACAAUUCAAACCCAGCUCAGAGGCCUGCAACAUCCUGACCCCACUGGAGAAAGCCAAAGGCAUCGGGUUCUUCUCCAUCCAGGGGAGGGACCGGGCCAAGAAGGGGGAGCUCCGGUGCAAUGGUGUGGGGAUGGCAAGGAUGCUGCCAGUGGUGCUGAGGGGGCACAACAUCCUGCAGGGGAGUCUGGGUAAACAGAGGGAGGAGAGUCCUGCAAGAUGGAACCAGUCUCCAGAACUUCAACCAGACCCAAGUGUCCAGAUCAGUCCUGUUGAGACACCACAGUGUCCAAGCAAGAACUUGACAAAAAACCACAGCGGGAACACAAGCCUCCUGCAGCCUCAGAAGGAUGGGAUGAGCAUCCAGGUUAGGAAAUACGGGCCAUUAGUGGGACCCCCUCCUGCACUUGAGGAAACAAACUGUAAGGUUCCUGUGGGGGUUAGUUUAGAGGACAGGAGCAGGAAAGUGUGGGACUACAGCAGCAGCACCACCUACCGCCACAGGGACCUGCAUUCCUCCAGCUGGGUGAGCUCGGACAGUCGGGGGCUGAUCGAGAGGCAGCAUGGCUUCACCUCUAGUUUCAGCUACAUCAAACAGCAGAGCAGGACCUCACAGAGCCAGAGAGACCUGAGGGAACCACCUGUGGAGGCUUUCAACGGGCCACUCAAUGGAGUCAUUUUCUCCACAGAGGUUCCUCAGAGAGGCCUUGGCUGCACCACGACACUACGAGGGCCUAGGAAAUCCAGACAAGGCUUGGAGCGUAUAUCCAUUCUGGGCCAGAACCAGACGUGGGUCCAAUACAGGCCAAGAAACGAAGGGGAGACGCAGAAGAAGGAGGGAGGCUGCAGCAGGAAAGUGGUGCGGAACCAGAUCAAAAGGGUGGUGGACAAUCUGGAGCAGGUUCUGACGGCAUUGAGGGACGUGCAGCAGGAAAUGCGAGAGGUGGUGCAUCAAAUCGACUAUCUCACCUCAUCCAUUGAUCUGAAUGAGGAGGAGCAGCAGAGGACAGAAGGCGGUGACAGUGCCAAGCCUUCCAGCAACAGCAGCUGUGGUUCAGGUUCCAGCUCUGGUGAAGUCAUGGUGGGGAGCACCAAUCGGAGGAUUUCAGAGCAAGUUCAUGUGCCAGAAGCAUCAGACUCAUCCACCACCCUCAGGAAAGCUCACUGUCACAGCAGGAGCCAGUCUCCACCAAAUGCUCUGCUGUGCCCAAGUAGAACUCUUCGCUUCACCUGCAGCCUGGGAUCUUCACCCAGACGAGGAGAGCAUUAUCUUUCUUCAUCUAACCCUCCUCAACUUCAAAAUCACGUCUUAAAUGAUCCUAAUGUCUCUCCCCAAAGAACCCUCCCUGUUAGACCUCCCACUCCUGGUCUCUCCCCUCUGACUGUAAACCUCCAUCAAUCUAGCAGUCCCUCAUCUCAGCCUCACUCCCCUGUGCCUUUCUCCUCUAUCAAGGUCUCCCCUCCCUCUCCUAUGUCUCUAAAGCCUCACCCACCCCCUAUCAACAACCCUUCUGUUGUCACAGAGAACAAAGUUGGAGCUCAAGAGAUCCUGCAAAGUGACCACCUAUCUGCCCAACCUCCAUCUGCCAGCUGCCCACCCACAGACUCAGAAACUCAAACUGACCCCCACAGAGAGAGGCGAGCAUCCUCAGCAGGCCCUGUUCACAGACUCUCAGAGGUUAAACCAGCUCCUGGAAAAGGCCGCAGAGGUCGCAAGCCUCCUCCAUACCCCCACCACAGACUGUCUGACCCCACAGAAAAAGUGAAGGAGCCCCGCAAAGCUCCCCCGUACCCUGAAAAAAGAAGGCUGCUCUCGACCACAGUUUGAGAUGAUGCAGCAGCAGCAGGAGUGGGAGGCCGAUCGAGAUGGAGCCAUAUUCACAGCAACCAGCCAAGAGACGGCAAGAGUGGAGAGUGAUUUAAGGCUCGCCAAGUUGAGCUGAGCCCAAGUUUCCAAGGUGACAAGACGUAACUUGGGCGAGGCUGUGGGAGGUUCAAUCAGAAAAUGACUGACAUAACGAGACAAAAAAGAGACUUAUCUCCAGAACGCAUCUGGACAUGACUACUUCCUGUUGUGACCCCAGAGGGAGCCUCAACGGUGACAGAGGGAAAAACAAACUGAGCACUUCCUCAACUCCAGCACAACUUCUGUAGACAGAUGGGAGAAUCUAAACCAGGACCAAAUGAGGUACCACUCUCGGGCACGGAGCCUGAGCAGGAGAAGGAAGCAUGUGCUUGCACUAAUGACAGUGUCAGGACUGUCCUUGCUGGGGGAAGGAGGCGUGUCAAGGUGUGCUUCACUUCACAGAUGACCACAUCAGACACGGCAGACCUCUGCUAAGUGACUGAACUCAGAGAGAGUCCAGACAUUAACCUUCAGUAAAACAUUAUGAGCAGAGACACCACGUUCUGAGUUUGACUUCCACAAGAAAUAAAGCCUUCCUGUUCCUUUGA